UAAGCAGAGGCUUUUUGGGUGGUUUGGUGCGGAUCAUUCAUCGACUGUUGUUCUAGAUAAUGAAUCAAUUAAUAAAUUGUUGCAAGUGCUUUUCAUUGCUGACCCGACACUCUGAUAAGUAUCGAAUGACUGCUGCUUGAUUUGUCCUUGAACUGCCUUAUGGCGAUGCGAUUUGAAUCUGUGAUACAUUGCGGCUUAGCUUCCCUGAUACGAUUACAUUAAAUUCGCUGGCUAAACAUCGGAACUAGCAGCCAAACAACAGCAAACUAUCGUAACGACAGUUGUGUCACGAGACUGCCACCAAGUCACGCUAUAGCUGUCACAUCAGUUGUGUCACGCAACUGCCACCAAGUCACGCUAUAGCUUUCACAUCAGUUGUGUCACGCAACCGCCACCAAGUCGCGCUAUAGCUGUCACAUCAGUUGUGUCACGCAACCGCCACCAAGUCACGCUAUAGCUAUCACAUUAAUUGGGGCACGCGAUAUGUUCCACUGAAUCACGCUAUAGCUGUUACAUCAUUUGGGGCACGCGAUAUCUUCCACCGGGUCACGCUAUAGCUGUCACAUGAAAGUCGGCAAGUUCGACCUGCCUUUAAUCUAAGUGGGUACAAUUGCUUCUUCAACCAGGCGGUCACGCCAUCCCUGUCACAUAAACUGCGUGACACCAUCUGUUUGACGACUGAGUCACGCAUCACCUGUUCUCGAUAAAUAUGCAUGCGAAUAGCAACGGUAGCGGCGGCGGGCAGAUUAAUAGCGUCAGCAUGACGUCACUGGCACAAUUCCCCAGCAGCGCAAGUACGAUCGGUUUCCUCCCAGAUGAACUUAGCGAAAGAAAGAUGGUAACAUGGCAGGCGAGAAAAGCGAGACAAGUGUGGAUCGUACUUGCAUUCUUCGUGCUUCUGGCGCUGAUUAUGACGGGGCUGUACAUUUGGCGGUCGACGUUCUACCGGGAUGACAGCUCACUCUCGAGUGCGACAUGCAACAGCAAACGGUGCACCACGGGUGCAUCGAGUUCCACGCCUAUGCCUACACAUUGCUAUUAUCGUGCGCAGCCCAAAAUGUUUGACGAGAUACCGAACCCAGUGAGACAAGUGCUCGAUCAAAUAGAAGGCCUGAUGAACAAAUCUAGAUCUGCUUCCGCCAGUGUUGUCUACAUGGAUCGGGUCAUUUGGAGACAUUUUCACGGGGUUCUAGACGAAGAUGUCGACUGUCCAAAACCUCCCGAUAAACACAGCUUAUUCCCGGUGGCCAGCAUCACCAAAGUCUUCAAUGCCUUGAUGGUUUUUAAGCUGUACAACGAACGAAAAAUAGAAACUCUAGAUGAUGAUUUUGUCUUGUAUGAGCCGAAAUUCCACAUAAAGAACCCUUUCGACUCACAGAACACCACCAUCAGGCAAUUGCUGACUCAUAUGGCAGGCUUACCACGCGAGGCGCCAUGCGCCCCACACACUCCUUAUAAUUUAUGCCCAUACAAUCACUCAGUCAUCUUGGAAAGAAUCAAGCACCUCUCACAAGUUGUCAGGGCUGGGAGCAAACCAUAUUAUAGCAACCUAGGUGCUGGACUCCUGGGGCAGGGUAUAGCGUCUUGGUUGAACUCAUCGUACGAUGCCAUCAUGGAAAAUAUCAUUUUCCGCCCUCUCCAACUGAACGAUUCAACGUUCCACUUGACGCCAAAGCUGAAAGAAAGAGUGCCCGCCGGGUACAUGUAUUCCAAGCGGCAGUCGCCGAUGGACUGGGGCUGGCUAGACCCUGCGGCGGGUCUCUUUACAUCACUAGCUGAUAUUGAACAGGUUGAAUUAGAUCUUUUGCGGUCUUUUUCUGGCGGCGAAGGUUUUCUUGAAGAAGCAAUUGCACACGAUUUCUUUGCGCCCGCUUUUGUCUUGUCGGAUGAUAAAAACCUAGUUGGCAUGCCGUGGGAGAUGACCCUUUUUAAUGGAUACCUCUUGCGCAAAAAGAAUGGAUAUGUCUAUGGAUACUGGUCCGACAUACAUCUUGUUCCAGAACUUCAGCUAGCUCUCAAUAUAUUCGCCACAGGGAUCCAGGAAGACACGGGGAAGUAUUUUAAGGAGCUUGUUUCAGCGUUUCACGAGGUGCUAUCCACCCCCGACAAGGGUCCACUAACACCUCAGGAUCCAGCUCCAUUCAUCGGCAAGUUUGUAACAAAGGACAUCCCAACUGUUUCACAAAUGGAAAUCGCUCUCCGUGGAAAUAGAUUGAAUUUAGUAGUCCACCAAGGCCUCUAUUUUUCACUCAAUUAUUUGACAGAAAGAACGUUCGAGAUCUGGGAUCGACGACAUGACACUGAUUGCAUGUCCCGGUUUAUCUUGGGCGUCAAUAUGGAGAAGCUUUACUUUGAGCCGAUUUCCAAUGUGACACACCUCUCGCCGGGAUUUAAAGUGCUGGGAUUUCACCCGAGUGGAUUGGCCUAUUUUAACAGAACUGCAUGAUCUAUUAUGAUACCGGAGUAACUAACAGUGGCGGAUCAAGGGGGGCGUUCAAGAAGGGCCGAUACCCCCCUCCCUCCCCUUUCAUUUAUAUAUUGAUGCCCAUGCGGAGGUGCCCCUCCCCCACCCCUUUUUAUGAAACCCUAGAUCCCCUCCUAUGUUACUAAUCUAUGCAAGGGUUGACCAAGGGUGAUUUCUCAAAAAGUGGUACGCGAAAUUUGUUUGCAACAUAGCCAUUGCCUAAGUUUGUAAAUAGUUUCAGGGGCGUAGCCAGGGGGUGGCCAAGGGGGCCCGGGCCCCCUCCUUCUAGGAGCCAAAAAAACAGUAAAUGUAUGAGACAUUAUCUCAGAUACAGGAGAAAAUGCCCUGAAAGGGCCUUUUGCCCCCCUCCUGGGUACGCCGCUGAUUGUUUUAUUGGGUGAGUGCUCCAAACCCUCUAUAACUCUCAUACACUCAAUAACUCAAAAGUCCUCAUAGAUCGGAGUCAUUUUUGUUUCUCUUCAAGCAAUGUUCACAUAGUUGUAUCCUCGACAACUCGAACAACAGACUUUUUACCGAGGUAUUCUCUAGAAAAGUUGUACAUUUUUCUAACAUGAUGUUUCUAUGUUCUUGUUUUAGUUCAGUAAGCAAUGGUAUAUUGGGUAACGGAUAAUUACUCAAAUCGUUUUCCAGAUAACCCCAAAUAACAGCUUUAUAAAGCUUAUCACGAUUAUUUUGCUUGUAUUUAUAUACAAUAGAACGUGUACGGAAGAACAACAUCGUGGCGUUCGUAGCCUUAUUAGACGAUACCAAGCUGUAAUAAUAACCGCUGAACCUUUGGUAACGUCGUUUUAGGGUCAAAGAGACACAUUACAGAGGCACUUGCACGCUUGUUCUUAGAAAGUUUAAUAAAAUACGAAAAAGUGUGUGUAACGUGAAAUCUUGCCGAUUACUUCGCUCAAGUGUAAUAAAUAAAACUGAGCCAAUUUUCCGUAAAA